AUGGCAACAUCGAUUCCUACUAAGCGUCUCAUUUCAUUCAUCAGCGAUGCCGACAAUGUUCCCAACAACUCAUCGUCCUUCAAGUGCGCCAGAUCCGGCCAUAAGCAGUGCAGUAUUUGCUGCGAUGAAGUGUCCUCCUUAAAAGUAACACCUACUACUUGCGCUAAGCAGCACUCCGAAGAGGAACGUUCCUGUAGCGAGUGCUGGGAUGCAUACAUUAGCGAUCAGAUCAAGAUGUUCCAGGCGAAGCGGUCAGAUGGGCCAGACACUCCGUACCAGAAGUACAAUCGCGCGCGAGACGGCCGUAUCUUUACCUGUAAAGUAUGUGCCUACCAGACCUGCACCGAUUGCGACCGUCCAGAGCACGUCAACGAGACAUGCGACGAAUACCAAACUCGAUAUCACAAGAAUCCGGCGCACUCACGUGCCGAAGCGGCGACUUCAGCCUUGGACGUGAAGAACGAACCUAAACAGACUCCGCUCAAGAUCUGCCCAAGCUGCACCGUGCUUUUCGAGCUGAAAAAGUGCGGUCACACAGUCUGCGCGUGCGGUCACCGGUUCUGCGGUCGCUGCUUGCGCCCAUGGACUGGAGAGGGAAGCGCUUUUCUGUGCGGAAGGUUCGCGCAUCGUGAUACCUGCCUGUACCGCGAGCGCGCAACGAAUAGCGGUCAUACACUGCACGGACGGUCCGCGAUGCUUGACGAGGUGUACAGUAAUUUGGUUGAAAGUGCCAGAAGGGCCGGUGCUGCUGUCCUUGCGGCUGUCAAAGCCGCCUGGAACAGGCCAUGGGGCAUCUUAAUGCGUUGA